AUGGUGAAAAGAGCAUUAUUAGUAAUUGACUUACAAGAAGAUUUUCUACCACCAAAUGGAUCAUUAGCUAUAGCAGAAGGGAGAUCCAUUGUUGAACCAAUCACAAAUUUGAUCAAACAACCCCAAAAUUGGUCAUUAGUAGUUGCAACUCAAGAUUGGCAUCCUUCGAACCAUACCUCAUUUGCAUCACAACAUAAUGUUGAGCCAUUUACAGAACUAGAAUUCAAACAUCCUGAAAGUAAUCAAACUAAAAAACAAACAGUAUGGCCCGAUCAUUGUGUACAAGAUACUUUUGGUUCCACAAUUGAAAAAACAUUCUUGACGGAGUUUGAAAAAUUAAGUAUACCUAAAGCUAUAGUCAAGAAAGGAUAUUUACAAGAUCGAGAAUAUUAUUCAUGUUUUCAAGAUUCUUGGGGUUUGCAUCAUACAGAAUUGGAAAAUUUAUUAAAAGAAAAUGAAAUUGAUGAAGUUGUUAUAGUUGGAUUGGCUUAUGAUUAUUGUGUAUUAAAUUCAGCUAUUGAUUUGUGA